UGAGAAAGUGUAGGUGAGAGAGGGUUUGUGUUUUUAGAUAGAAGCCCCCAACAUUCAUACUUAUGUUCUGCUUGUCCUUGUGGAUUGUUGAAGGGUUUUCAACCUUUUUGUGGAUUGGUGGGCAGUAAGAGGGAGCGGGGGAGAGAGAGGGAGAGGGGGGGAGAUAUGGAGAAUGGCAAGGUAGCAGAAGAAGCAGGGCCAUCCUCUGGUGGGGGUUCAGGGUGUUCUUCAGCUUGUGGCAAGGGAGAAAAGCAAAGAGAAAUGAUUCAGAAGACAGAUGAUGCGGUUGUUGGGAAUGAUGAUUGUGAUGGCGAUGAUGAUGAUGAUGAUGAUGAUAGAGAUGAUGGUUUUGUUCCUGGCCCUCUUAUUCCCCUCAAAGAACAGCUUGAGAAAGACAAGGAGGAUGAGAGCUUGAGGAGAUGGAAGGAGAAGCUUUUAGGCUGCCUUGAGGAAGAUUUUAAUGGCCAAAUGGAUCCUGAAGUCAGAUUCCACUCCAUAGGAUUGGUCUCAGAGGAUCUUGAGGAAAUCAAUGCUCCCUUGCCUGUCCAUGAAAGUCAGAAAAAUGAUUUUCUCUUUAUCCUCAAAGAGGGAUCUCAUUACCGGCGUAAGCUAACAUUCACUGUUCUUCACAACAUUGUCUCUGGCCUGACCUACUCCAACACGGUAUGGAAAGGUGGAUUCCAAGUUUAUGAAAGCAAGGGAAUGUUGGGUACAUUUGCUCCUCAGCGCGAGCCAUAUGUGGUUACCUUGGACGAUGAAACUACUCCUUCUGGGGUGCUUGCAAGGGGAACUUACUCUGCAAAGCUUAAGUUCCAAGAUGAUGACCGAAGAUGCCAUAUGGAGCUCAAGUAUUCCUUCCAGAUCAAGAAGAGAAGCUAGUUGAGGAUCUGUUAAUUUUUUUUUUUUUUUUGCCCAGGUUCACAAAAACUGUUGAAACAAUGGUGAAAUUAUUGAGUAAACAUUGCAUUCUAGGCAUAACACAAAAUGUAGAAUCGGGUCUCAGUUACUGUUUCAGGACGUCCAGCUACACCAUACCAUGAACAUUAGAUGUACUUCCUGCCAUCAUCAAUCUUUAUUGAAAUGUAUUUUGAACUAUUUGAAGUGGUUCUCAACUUCCUUUUUAACAUUGAUGCAUCGAAAUUAUCUUGAUUGCUUCCUCA